AUGUUUGCAUUGGUGGCCGCCGGCGGAGUGUUGCCGACCGCCGCCGUAGAGAAGGGUUCACCUUCUAAAUCACCACAAGAAGCAGACAGAGUAAUAAAACUACCGGGGCAGCCGGCGGUGAGUUUCAAGCAAUAUGCUGGUUAUGUCACUGUGAAUCAAACUCAUGGAAGAGCACUGUUUUAUUGGUUUUUUGAAGCCACCAAAAAUCCUCAAACGAAACCUCUUGUCUUAUGGCUUAAUGGAGGUCCUGGUUGUUCAUCUGUUGGUUACGGUGCAGCUGAAGAAUUAGGGCCUUUUUUAACACAAAAAGGCAAUCCAGAGCUCAAAUUAAACAAUAACUCCUGGAAUAAAGCGGCCAACUUACUUUUUGUAGAAUCUCCCAUUGGUGUUGGAUUCUCGUAUACAAAUAGCAGCAAUGAUAUCAACGAGCUCGGUGACAAAGUGACGGCUCAGGAUUCAUACAACUUUUUGGUCAACUGGUUCAGAAGAUUUCCACAAUAUAAAUCUCACGAGUUCUACAUUGCUGGAGAAAGUUACGCAGGUCACUAUGUCCCUCAACUUGCGGAGGUUAUCUUCGAUAGCAAUAAAAAAGUCACCAAGGACGAUCGCAUUAAUCUCAAGGGAUUUAUGAUAGGGAAUGCAUUGGUGGAUGAUGAAAUGGAUCAAACUGGAAUGAUUGAUUAUGCAUGGGAUCAUGCUGUGAUUUCAGAUAGGUUGUACCAAGAAAUUAAAACCAAGUGUAACUUUAGAAAUGAACAUCUGACAGAUGAAUGCGAUACAGCUCUCAACAAAUACUAUGAUGUUUACAAAAUUGUGGAUAUGUAUAGCUUAUAUUCACCGACUUGUGUCAGAGGAAAUUUCAGCAGCACGAAUAGAAAACUUCCGAGGAUUCAAGGUGUCGCUCCUCGACUGAUGUCUAAAAUUGAUGAAUGGCACAAGAAACCAGCAGGGUAUGACCCUUGUGUGACAGAUUAUACUCAGAUGUAUAUGAAUAGGCCAGAUGUACAAGAAGCUCUUCAUGCAAAUGUCACCAAAAUUUCAUACCCGUGGACUCAUUGCAGCGACAAUAUUACGUUUUGGAGUGAUGCGCCCGCCUCCAUACUCCCUACAAUCUCCAAGCUUGUUGCUGGUGGUCUACGCGUAUGGGUUUACAGUGGAGAUACAGAUGGAAGAAUUCCAGUGACCGCAACAAGAUUAUCAUUAAAAAAAUUGGGACUGAAAAUAAAUCAAGAUUGGACACCAUGGUAUACAUACAAAAAGCAGGUGGGCGGGUGGACGGUGGAGUACAAGGGGCUAAUGUUCGUGACGGUAAGAGGAGCCGGGCACCAAGUUCCUAGUUUUAAACCCAGACAAGCUCUGCAACUAUUUGUCCAUUUCUUGGCAAACAAAAAAUUGCCAUCUUCCCCAUUUUGA